UUUCGAUAGUAUUUCUUCAACGAUGAGUUCCAGCAAAGCAAGAGGUGAGGGUGAUGGACGAUUCUCUCUUCAUGAUGAUAUUGCUUCUGAGCAAGAUCGUAAUGAAGCUACAAAGGCAGUUCUCGAUGCUCAUCGUCGACUCACAAGUGACAGGCCUUCGAUCGAUACCUACCUCCAAUGCCAACCCGGUCAGAACCGCUAUCCAGCCAUUGCUUGCUACGACAGCACUCGCUUCCAAUACAAAAAUGACCCAACCAAAUUCUUCCACGCAAAUUGGGUAGAUGGGAUAAGAACUCCAAGUUUGUCGAUCAUUCUUUAA